GCCGGCAGCCCGCGGGCGCCUUAAGGUGCGCGGGCGGCUGAGGCUGCGGCCGGUGGAGCCAUGGCUCACGGUAGCGCCCUGCUUAAAUUCUACAAGUCCAUAAUUGAAGAUGUGAUUGAAGGUGUGCGGGAGCUGUUUGCAGAAGAGGGUUUAGAUGAACAGGUUCUGAAGGACUUGAAGCAGCUUUGGGAAACCAAGGUGAUGCAGUCUAAAGCAACAGAAGGCUUCUUCAGACACAGCCACCGUUCUCAACAGUUCACCAUGCAGUUGCCACACAAUUUUCACCGCAUUCUGCAGACUUCAGCAGCUUCUUUAAUCAUCCCGACUGGCAGAGGUUUUCAGCCUUUCACAGCAGCAGACCUGGGUACUUCACAAGUAGGUGCAACUCUUGCUCUACCUCCGAGUAUUGCUUAUCCUAUCCAUGUGCCAACUGGAGUGACACUGCAGACAGCAUCUGGGCAGCUUUACAAGGUAAAUGUGCCUGUUAUGGUUGCACAGGCCUCAGGAGAUGGAAGUGUUCUCCAUCCUGUUCAGCAGUUGUUUCAGCCCCUUGGGCAGCCCUCCGUUCUGCAAGCUAACACUGCCAGCCUUGCACAGGUGAAUGCAGCUUCUGCCCAGGCAGCUGCUGAACCUUUGCAACACAAGGAGACUGCUGUCCAACAGACUGUGGUCUUUCAGCCGAGUGUCAUGGAGAAGAACCACCUGGAGAACUCUGCCAGUGCUUCUUUGGUCCAGCAGCCUCCUGCGAGUCAGCAGCAACUUGCAGCCAAUGUGACAUUGAAUCAAUGCACAGACUUAACAGGAGAACCAGCCCAGCAGGCCAAUCUUCACACAGCUGUGUUUACUCCAGAAUCCUCUGAAGGCUUUGCUUCUGCUGAAUCCUUGGCAGACGACUCAGGCAGUGUACUGCAGGAUGUAGAGGGACAGUUAGAAGUCAGGCCUCAGGAGCUGGCACAACAGCAGGUGUCUGAUGAUAUCAUUGACCUGAUUAUCAUGGGCAAAGAUGUGGAUGAUGGCACACUUCUGAAGUGCCAGGACAGCACUGUGUCGUCUGGCAAGAUGGCACCUACUGAGCAGAUGGAAUCUAAUUUGCAGUCAGAGAAGGAUAUCUGCAGUGACAUUGAAGGCAUAAUUCAGCUGGAUGGGACUGGUGAUGUUUCUCCCAAGGAAGAAAUACCACAUAAGGACAGGGAAGAGAAUUUAUUUGUUGGCAUUAAUGAAUCGGAGGAUCUAAAAGUCCUGGAGGAUAAUGAAGACAAUGAUGAAGAAUGUGACAGUGUUUCAAGCACAGAGUCUAGCAGCACUGGUGGUGAUGAAGAAGAGCUCCAAGCAGAUAUAGUUGAGGAGGACCCCUUAAAUUCUGAUGAUGAUGUCAGUGAACAAGAUACUCCAGACUUGUUUGACACUGACAACGUGAUAGUCUGCCAAUAUGACAAGAUACAACGAAGCAAGAACAAAUGGAAAUUCUUCUUAAAGGAUGGAGUGAUGGCCUUUGAAGGUAAAGAACAUGUUUUUGCCAAAGCUGUUGGAGAUGCAGAGUGGUGAAACUCCACUGAAGUAUGAAAGCUGUGGCAUUGGUCCCUUGUGAACUUUCUGUGAAACAAGUAGAGUUUUGGUUUUUUUUGCUAUAAAAACCCCAACAACCAACCACACAAACCAAUAAACCAACAAAGCUGUGCUAAAAAUAGGCAAAAUCAGCAGUGUUGAGCUAUGCAGGUGAAGAUGCUGUAGUGUUAGUUACUCAGAUGGGGUUUUUUUUGCUGCUCUUUUCUGAUUCUUUUCAGUACUUUUCUAGCCAGGAACCAUCCCUGGAAUGAAUAGCUUUGAAGAGUGAACUGUUGAAUCUGUUAGUAAUUCCAGAAAGUUUUUGGAUUACUAAGCCAAUUUCAGUUCUGUUGGGUUUCUUUCAGCUUUUUCAAGUAAGUGCUGAAGGAUGACUUACUUGAAGUAUAAAACAAUGCAGUUGUUAGAGCAACAUCUGUGUGAGUCUGAGACCUGUGUACUUCUUUCUCUUUCUUUCCUCCCUGUUUUGUUGUUGCUUUGUUGGUUUUUGACUUCAGCUUAAAGACAGGUACUUCAGUUGCAAGGCAGGAAAUGAGGGUGGAAGAAGACCCUUGAGCUUUCAAUACAUGAAAAUUAGUAUUGUUUAUUCUAUACCCUCCUUGUCUGCUGAGAUGCAGUGAGUAGUGUGAUUUAACAUGAAAACCUGGUUUAACUUCACUGGCACUGCAGUCAUUUAAGUUUGCUGCUGUGCAAACCCAGUACAUCCUAGGACUACAGACCAGUAAGCUGUGAGCUGUGCACAAUAAUAAAAUGCCAUCUCAGACAUUUCCAGCACAGAA